AGAAUCUUAGUGAUUCUAUGACGAGAUAUCGAUAUCGUAAAAUAUAAUUUACUAACCAACUAGCGAAUUUGUUUUUUGAUAGAGGCAACACCUCCUGUACCCUCCUGCUAGAUUAUAGAAAACCCCUUUUCCUACGUACCCUCCAUCAAUACGAGCGACAUUUUUUGGAUAUGGUAACACCUGCACCUCCCUCCUGGUGAAUAAAAUAUUGUAUAUGGAUAAUUGCAACAACUCAUGUAUCCCCUUUUUUAUUGGAAUAUUAACUGACUAAAGAGUCGGUAAAAGGCUUUUAAGAUGUCGUCGGACGAGCUCCACGAAUCAGCGAAGGAUAAGACUUAAAACAGCUACCUGUCCACAUUUGCAGUGCUGACGUUGUCACUUUGCAUUCCCACCUUCAGCGAACAGGACAGCGACAGCCUUCGUGGUCGCCGAUGGUGGUUGUGUUUGUGAGUGCGACCAAUAGUACAGCCGUCCGCUUCGUCAUCCUGCGUGAAACCACGUAAGAACUACAUCGACGCCUUCUUAUGCUUCAUUUGCACUGCUGAGUUUGUAUCUGGUGCAUCAGCCGGCAACUGUACUUCCGAUCAUUCGGAGUGCACUUCAGUGGCUGUGUCUUCUCUUGCAUCGGUCGCGGCAAAAGUCUUCCAGAUGUGGACAGGUGCGGUUUUAGUUGCAUACUCUGCGAAGCUGCCAGCUCCGGCACGGAGGCCGCGCCCGGGGGGCCUUCCAUCGUGGUCCUUGGUGACAGGGAUCACGUAGAGAAGCGCCCCGCCAUCUACCUGGGGCCGGGUGCAGUUACCUCGGUAACUGCGCCCGUGGUCGGGCGUGGCGGGCGCCUCGAAUUUCGUGAGGUCCAGAAGGUUCUAACAAGUGCAAAAAUGUCUGGGGCUGGAAGAUUGUGGCGCUUGUCUUGCGUGUUUUGCGCGGCCCAUGGUGUGCGCUGUAUGUAAUGCAUGGCCUAGCACCCGCCACAGACUUUCAGAGGGCUUCCUGGUGCAUUGUCCGCAUGACAGACCGCACGCACUGGAACAAACUGGGCUGCCAUUGUUGCCCAUGCAACCAAUAAAAUACUUCGCUUGAUGAAUUAUCGAAAGACAGGAGCACAGGUUGCACCCUUCCAGACCCGGACAUUUUUGCAGUGCAUAGCUUCCGAGGUUGCACAACGCGGCGAAAGAGAUCUUCGUGAACGCGUCGGACCAGGUCUUUCGCGAAUCCGGUGCCGGCGAAAACAAAACAAAAGCAAUCCGGAUCAACCUGAACAAAGAAACGGGCGAGAUCGUGGUCAGGAAUAACGGCUCUGGGAUACCGAUUCGGCAGAUGGACGUAAAAACUGGAGCAGAUCACCCCUCUACCGUGAUGUGGGAGCCAACAGUGGUCUUCUCGGUUUGGCGGUCCAGUUCGAACUACGAUGACACGAAAGACCGGACAACCGCCGGGCAGAACGGCCUCGGGGCCAAAUUAACCAAUACGGUCAGCAAAAAGUUUGAUGUUGAAACCGUAGACGACACUACGAAGAGGCGUUUUCGUCAGUCGUGGUCGCGCAACAUUAUCGAAGGAAAAAACUGUUUCACUGUGGUGAUAUGGAAAAACUGUUGUUUAUUUUUUCGGUGUGAAGUUCCAAAAUUUUUUGAAAGCAAGUUUGCAUGUUGCUUGUGACGUGUGGUCUAUUUAUUUCAAAACUACAUAUGAUCAGCGAUUUUUCGAGAUGACCACAGUUAAAAAGUUUUUCCCUUCGAAAAACAUGAAAGAAACGACGGGGCCUGUUGUGGAGGAAAACGUCACCGCCGAGCCGUACACGCAGGUGGCAUUUGUUCUGGAUUUUCACAACUACGACACGGAAUCUGCUGACGCGGAGCAAUUGGAUGCGGACCAGCUUGAGGAGGACAGGCUCGGUCUGCUCAAAAUGCUCGCCUAUGAGACCGCGCUAGUGGUAGCAGGGAAGUGCCAGGUACUUAGACUUACUAGCUACGUCGGUUUGACUGAUAUUACAACCCUUUUCUCGGUGCGAGCGUAUUAGUUGACAUCAUAGGGACAAAGAUAUUGAUAUUGGCAUGACCGGAAAGAUUCUUGCUUGCCCCGCCUCCGGUUAUUCUGAUCCUCAGGCAUAAUCCAUUGAAAAUUUGAAUGUUAGAAAUAUUCUUCAGGUGUAUUUGAAUGACGAGCUGCUGCCGAUUUCUGAUUUGAAGUCCUUCGUCGACCUCUUCGAGCAGCCGAAGCUUGACACUCCGGGCCUCAAGUAUCCGCGACCGGUCUGCUACGAGGUCUUGAGCCAGGACUGGGAAAUUGCGGCUCUAGCCGGAGACGGCGCGUCGUUCAAACAGCAGAGCUUCGUGAACGCGAUCAACACAGUCGACGGCGGCACACACGUCGACUACAUCAAGAAGCAAGUCGUCGACGCGUUGGCGAAGAAAUUGAAAAUCACCACUUUCGCGGAGUUAUGCAGUGCAAAUAUGUCUGGGUCUAGAAGAAUGCGACGCGUCUCAUGCUCGGGAGCCAGCAGCAUUUUUCUCAAGUCUGUCAUGCACAUUUCUCAUGCGCCACUUUUUUUCUCUUUCAUGCGAAUGAUUGAAGUGUCCUCUUGAUUGUCCAACUCGCAUCACAAGUUUCCAGAACACCAGACAUAGUUGCAGUGGAUAAAAAAAGAAAAUUUUAACGAACCAGCUCUGGUUAUUCGUCAAGUACCGCAGGGACAAGCCCGAGUUCGGGACGCAGGUCAAGUAUGAAAUGCAAAUAUGUGUAGGUCUGGAAUAUUGCAAGAACAAGAUCUGCCAUGCUUUUCUGGCGUGACUCUUAACUCUGUGGUGCUGAGACGCGAACAGAUCCUCCUCUUAAAACUACGUGUUAUGCAAAAAUACAGGCUGUCAUGCGGGGUACGCAGCACAAAGGAGCUCAAAAACUUGUCAUGCUUGGGCAUCUAUUGUGAUGCGCCUCUUCUUCACGGAAUUGCAUCACAAGGUGCCAGACGCAGACGCAUUUGCAUUCGAUACGAAGGACCAGCUGACUAAACCAUCUGUCAAGCAAAUUGCCCGCGAGCAGGCAGUGUGCAUACCGGAUAGCUUCAUAUGGGAUUGUCAGAAGUUACAUUCUCAACUGUCACAUGCAAAAUUACGAUAAAAAAGCCGCCAUACGAUCAAGAUGCUUCGCAUGACAAAUUCUCCGAGGCUAAACAGCAUGAAAAACUGUUCCAAGUUCGUAUUGCGAGAGUUGCAGCCUCCACGAUUCACUUUUGUAUUCGCUGUCUUUGCAUAUACAAACUCAUGUAACAGUGGAGAGUGUAACGUUUGAGAUUCCGAUACCUUAUCAACUCGAUCCUGAAAAGCGGCGUCGCCGAAAUGUUCCGAGCGGCUGCGAAGGAGAGGCAGCACAACAAUAUCAAGCGCAAAGAUGUCCGGGUCUGGAAGAGUGCAGCCUUGUCACGCUGUCUCGCAUGCCCCUUAAAUGUGUAAUGCAGGAAACAGGAAAAAAAAGCCAAGCCGAUUGCCUGUCAUGCAAAAGCGCAGUUUGCCACGCGGAAAGCGAAACACAUCCAAGUGGGAGCCCAAUAACUUGUCAUGCAGUGGCGUGUAUUGCCAUGUCACAAAGCAGCACCACAAGCAUCCAGACCCAGACAUAUUUGCAUUUGAUACACAAAAUGGACCAACAGUUUAAAAGCACGAAGGGGCACAAACGGAUUCUAGGCCUCCCAAAACUCGAAGAUGCGAACCACGCCGGUCACGGGGAGAAGUCGCAGGGCUGCACGUUGAUUCUCACUGAGGGCGACAGUGCAAAGGCGCUCGCGGUACAAGUUGGUUAUAUUUGUACUACAUUUACUUCUCUAGACUUUCGUACAUUUUCAUUUUGAUUUUCCCGGACACGCAUAUAAUAUGUGGUGAGUUCGCUUCUAAAAUCGCAGAGGAAUGAUCAUUAUUCCAUGCGUGCUCGUGUGAUUAAUAGAAAGUGAAGGUAAAACCUAAGUCCUGCAUAAGUAUCAACAUGACGUUUACCUCCAGGUUGCCGGCCUCGGCGUUGUGGGCAGAGACAAAUACGGAGUGUUUCCCUUGAGGGGAAAGGUUUUAAAUGUUCGUGAUUGCAGCGAUGCCCUAUGACUUGCAAAAUUAUCGCACUACCACUAGUCGUGAAGAGAGUAGCAAUCGCGUUUAUGCAGUACGAAUCUCCUUUCCGAGACAAAUUAGCACUGCAGAUUCCAUUUGUCAUGCUGAGCAAAUUUGUCCUGCGAUUUCUACUAGUCGACAACUUUUCUGAUGGCUUGGAUCUCCUUGCUGUCGUGGAAGGAUGUGUGUGAAUGCACUCUACUUCGUGUGCGAUAUUUUUGCAAUUCAUACAUCUUGUUUCACGGCAACAAGGAGAUCCAGGCUAUCUGUCGUAUUGUUGGUUUGCAACCGCACGUGCCAAAUCCGAAUUAUGAAGUUCUCUACUGUUGCGCUCUCAACUGUUGCGCAAAUUUCCAUCAAUAUUCACAUGAUCUAGCAGCUUCGCGCUAGAUAGCAUCAGGAUCUGCGCCAAACCUGUAAUGCAAAAAGCGCAAUCUUUCCCCUUUUACUUUUCCCACUUUUGCAUUGCAAAUUUAUGUAGCAGCUGAGAAUGCAACAUUUGAGAACUCCAUGCGAAAAAGAAAGACCUUCGAUACCAACGCAUCAUGAUCAUGACCGACCAGGAUUUAGACGGGUCCCACAUAAAGGGCUUGCUUGUCAAUUUGUUCUUCUCCAAGUGGCCGUCUCUCGUGAAGGACAACGACUUUCUUUGCCAGUUCAUCACCCCGAUCGUGAAAGUCCAGAAAGGGAAGGAGGAGCGGAUGUUUUACUCUCUGGCGGUGUACGACGAGUGGAGGAAGGAAAAUAACAACGGUACUUAUUUCUGCAUGACGUGACUCACAUUCAUCGGGGCCGCGCCCGUCCUGCGUACUAGUCGUUAUUUCUACGCAGACCGCGCUUGCGUGAGGCGGGACAUGCAGAAACAAACAACAUUCCCGAAAUUUUUGUUUGCAAAAAAAACCAACACUCUUCCGCAGGUAAAGGCUGGUCCAUCAAGUAUUACAAAGGGCUUGGAACCAGCACAGCUGCUGAGGCGAAAUCCUACUUUCGCAAGAUGGAUGAAAUUAUUCGGAGUAAAAACGUCCCCUCCAGAAAAACCAGAGUCAAGCUUAGAUCUCUUCAGCACAAAUCCAGAAGUUUUGGGAUUCGCGCAUGACAAACUUUCCGCUAUAUUGUAAUGCAAGCGAGCGAGGGCAGCCGCAUCACAAGGCCCUCUCCUCGUCCUCAACCUCAUCCAAUUUGUAGCAUGACAAAUUCCAAAACUCGACUGGAAAUGCUUCUCUUGGGGAUGCUCAUUCCAAGUGUUCGCACCAUUGCAAACCUGCAUGACCACUAUGUGGUGGGGACGUUUUUACUUUGGAUAGCAAACAAGAUCACGUUUGAGUACGACGAUGAGGCGGACGAGACCAUUGACCUCGCUUUCAGUGCGAAACGCGCCGACGACCGCAAGCGGUGGAUGGCCGGCACACAGGCGACAGAUGUCGUUGACUAUCGGAACAAGACGCUCACAUACACGGAUUUCGCAAACAAGGACUACGUGCAUUACUGCAAGUACAGUGCGGAGCGUGCGAUACCGUCUGUGGUCGACGGAUUGAAGCUAUGCAAUGCAACAGUAUCGCACCCGUAUAAAUUGCAGCCAUGCCGUGCGGGGGCAAAUAUUUCUCCAAACCUGCAGCAGAAUGUAUUUUUUAAGCCGCCGGGGUUUGGCUGGUUUUUUAUAAAAUCCAUCCUUGUAUUGCAAUUGCCCUUGCAGACAGACUCCGCUUUUGUUCUUGCCGAAGUUAAUUGUGUUUCAAUUCGUAUAUACUAGCUCGAUACUUUUGCAAUGCAUAGAAGCCGACCCAAAGAAAGAUCUUAUACGGUGCGUUCAAAAAGAAAAUGAACAAAGACCUUAAAGUGGCCCAGAUUAUGGAAGAAAAAAGUGUUUGUGCAUGCACAUAAGCUGAGGAUUAUGUUCCUCAUAAUGUAAUGUGGAACGUGUCGCAGCCUGUUGAUGUUUAAGGAUUGGACAAACCUGCGCGCGAACUUGUACGCGGACCUGAAAGUGAUAGUGAUGCAUGCGCGACAAACCUUCCCUUUUAUGCUGAUGCAAAUGCUUUUCUCCGCGAUGCAACUGGUUGGCUACGUGUCAGAAAACGGGUGCUAUCACCAUGGCGAGACCAGCCUGGAGGGAGCGAUUGUAGCGAUGGCGCAGUCGUACGUCGGCUCAAACAACAUCAAUCUGCUCGUUCCCAGCGGACAGUUCGGCACGCGUCACUUGAAGGGAAAAGACGCUGCUUCGGGGAGGUAGGUUCUAUUUAUUUGGUUUUAGCAAGCGAGGUUGCGAGUCUCUUGAGUAAUAGAUUGUGCCUCGUCCGCGUGCACUGGCAUGUCGCAAGAUUUUGUCCCAGCCGCGUGCACUUCAUUCAUUUACCACUGACUCAGGUACCUCUACACGCGGUUGAGCCCCGUGACCCGCAAGAUCUUCCCGGAGGCAGAUGACGAUGUUCUGGAGUACAAAGAGGACGACGGCCAGACCAUUGAGCCGACCUUCUUCGUCCCGCUAAUACCGAUGGUGUUGGUAAACGGCGCGAGCGGCAUCGGGACUGGCUACUCCACUGAUGUUCCGAGCCAUUCUCCAAUAUUAUGCAUUGCAAGAGCAUCCUGCUGGUGUAAAUGGCAGUCAUGCAGGACAAAUCUCGCUUCCUGGUACCUGCAUCAGCACGAGAAAUUCCAGGGCUCUUCUUGAGAAAAUGCGUCCUCCUGUGACAUGACUGACAUUUAUGCUAGUGCGAUGCUUUUGUAGUGGAUAAAUCGCGAUCAUAGACAACAUCAAGCAGCAACUCCGUGGAGGGCGACCGCGGGCACUGAAGCCGCACUACGAGAGGUUCCUCGGUGAGGUGAUACGAAGUGCAAAAGUAAAAGUAUAGCACUCGUAUAAAUGCAUGACAAAUUUUCAUCUCAGCAUGAGAAAUAAAAUUUGUCAUCCUGAUUUACCUUGAGAAAAAUAUUUAUAUUUGUAACGCAAGACAACUUACACUUGCGUUUACACGAAUGCGAUACUUUUGCCUUGAUAGGAGACGCCGAUCGACAAGAACGGAACUUUCGUGAUCCAGGGCAAGAUUAUGAAGACUUCGCCGACGGUGCUCGAAAUUGUCGAUAUCCCCGUCGGUAAUGGAUCCGAUUCGACCCGGACCUACAAGGAGAUGCUCGAGCGCUUCGUCGAUCCGCCGAAGGUUGUCAAAGAUGCGUAUGGGAUUUAUCUCAAACGCUAUGGUCUCAGCUGUUACAUGUUGAAUUGGUCACGCAAGAGAAGCAAGAGUAAGUAAAAGGAACGAGGACGACCUAUUUGCGUGUCUUGCAUUACAGAUUAUUUGGCAAGGGUUAUCAGCCUGGUUUUCCCUUCGAGAAAUUGUCAUGCAGGGCAGCUUGAUCGUGUCGAUUCUGAUUGUAAAACUUAAACUAUUGCAUGGAAAAUGAUGUAACGUAUGAGAGUGUAACGCUUGAAAGUCUCAUAAUGCGAAGACUGGCAAGUCGAAGGCUAUUGAAGCGCCACCGGAACCCGUCAUCUCUGAUUACCGGGAGUACCACACCGAAGACACGCUGCAUUUUAAGCUGAAACUCACGGAAGAACAAAUGCAACGGGCGGAGGCGAGUGGUCUUCAAGGACUUUUCAAGCUGAACCAGACGCAAUCAACAGCCAACAUGAUGCUGCAUGAUGCAGAAAACGUCAUACGCCGGUACCCAUCUGCGAACGAGAUCAUCAGGGACCACAUGAUCGUGAGGCUUCAGCUGUACGAGAAGCGCAAGAAGCACCUGAUAGCAAAGCUCACGUAUCCCCAGGAAAAACAUGGUCCCCACCCCAUAGUUGUCAUGCAGAUUUGCCGCUACAGGAAGAUUUGUAAUGCGCAUUGCCAAGAGAGGCAUUUCCAGUUGCGUUUUGGACUUUGUAAUGCUGUAAACAGGAUGAGGAGAUGGAUUUGUGUUACGGCUCUAGAAGUACUUUCCAUACUGCACUACAAUACAGAGACAAACUGGUCAUGCUUGACGCUAAAAACUUCUCGAUUUAUUGUGUUGCGAGUUUCCCGUGGUCUUGACUCUGGGGUGGGGACGUUUUUGCUCAGAAUAUUACCGAAGAAAAAGUGAUUCUCGGUGAACGUCUCCGUUUUACCGAACUGAUGGUGGACCCCGAUUUCAGAGUGUUGAUGGUGCAGUAUCCUCUGCAAAAGUACUAUCGUACCCGUAGUAAUUGCGUUCGUGCAUUACAAAUCUCUUUGUCAAGGUACUUCAGCAUUACAUAAUUUAGUGUAAUUUGUAUUGCUGGGCUAAUUUGUAAUGCAAUUUGAAUUUCAAUUUAUACUAGUACGAUGCUUUUGCAUUGCAUAUAAAAGGAGAGGCCGAAAUUCAUGCGGCACUCGCGCAGCACAAUUUCAAACCGAUUCGCGAGCUGCGACAGCUUGUUGCCAGUUCCAUCGCGGAGGACAAAGAAGUAGAUCUCGUUGCACAGCAGGACUUUCCGGGCAGUCAGAAGUACACGAGAGACGACUUCCGCUACUUGACAAGUGCUGACAUUUACGGAUAUACGAUGGAGGAGGUAAGUGCGAAUUAUAGGUUUGCUGCGUAGUUGUAUGUGGCUGGUUACACUUCACUGCGCACGUCGCAGAAAAUUCAGCUCGGGAAGAACUAAGUACAUGUAUGAAUAUGCGUAUCUAUGGAGGUUGCAAGAAUAGCAAUUCAAGCUCGAAAAGGAUAAGCACUAUGAAUGUUGUAAUCGGAUGAAAACAAAAAACUUGCAGGUGAACCGGCUUCGCGAACAAAGUCAGGCGAAAGCAGCGCUGCUUGAGGAAAUCAAGAAAAAGUCGGUGGAGCAGAUGUGGGACGACGAGCUUUCCGAGUUGCGCGAAAUGCUAUGACAAUAGACUAACCCGCCCUCAACAUUUGCAACCCAAGAUAAGAAAUCCACUUCCCAUCCUCAUAGUGCCAAAGUACUUUUGCAUAGAGGGUCUCGGAAGGGACAGCCAAGUUGGCACGAAGUUCGGGAUCUGUCAUGCACAGGAGGUUGAUGCAUAUAAAUGGCAUUUUCAUUCUCAAUGGUUGACAGUCUGACUGCCAGUUGUGAUGCCGCUCAUGCCCUUCAAAUACAGGAGAGUGGGAGUUGUCUAUUAGCAUAGCGUCUGAUGGACGAAAAGCUUGAAAAUGCAGAGGCGGUUAUUGACAACGCAGAAGAGGAAGGGCCGGACAAAAGCAAGACGAAGAAGCCGAAAAUGGCGGCUAAAGGAAAAGGGAAGCCAGACGCACCACUGCAGGUCGAAACCGGGGCCGACAACAUCUCAACCAAACCGCAGAAGAGCUCGGCGGAGCUUAUGCAUUCCUAAAGUGGCUGGGUCUGGAAACUUUUCCUGGGGCCUCGCCGAUGACUAUGUUCUUGACUGAAGUGACAAGAAGAGCUUGCGCAUGCAGUGUGGCAUUACAAGUUCUUAGACUUCGCGCAGAUGCGUAGUGCCAGUGAGCAUAAUCAACAGCGUUUUCGCAUGACAAGCAGCGCUACAGAAGAUAAUGUGCUACAAAUGCAAUCCGGAUUUUACAGUUUUGCAAGACAAGGGCGAGCACACAUGUCUGUACUUUUCCAGAACCAGCCACGCUUAGAAUGAAUAAAGCUGGUGCGGGAAAAACUGCAGCAUGAGAUUGAGUACUUUUCGCAACAGGAAGUCAACAAGGAAGUACCGGUCACGAAAAUCGUCCUGGAUGACCUCAUUGUCCAACAAAACGACGACAAGAAAAAACAACCUGGACACCGGCCGUCUUCAAAAAAGAGACCACAGGCGGGGAAGAAUAUCAAGAAGAACGCGAAGGAGAUGAUCCCCGCUGCCGGCGCGAAGAAAAACGAAAAGCUCCUUCCAGACUCCGAUGAGGAAGAGCCGGAACAGAAGCGGCGAAGGGUGAUCGGUACAGGGAAGAGAGGAGCAGGCGCAGGGAAGAUAAAGAAGGGAGGAGCUGCAGGCACAGGGAAGAUAGAGAAGCAGGUGAUCGGUACAGGGAAGAUGAAGAAGAGAGGAGCUGGUACCUUCAUACAACAGUUAGCGACAACUACUUCGAGUUCUUGUGCACUUUUUCAGUUUUUUUAGGUGUAGAUCUAGAUACAAACAUAACACUUUUUUAUGUCUUGAACGAAAUACGACAUAAUCACCCUAUGAAAAAACAGCAGUGGGCAUUGUCGGUGAACAGAAACUCGCAACCGAGUAUGGCCUUGUCAGCUGUUGCGCUCUCAGGAAUUACAGUGUGAAUGCCAAACGCUAGCUUCGAUGUUUUUCUUUCCGACCCGAUUGAAUACCAGUACCUUCAGCUUCAGCGCAAACCAGAAUGACACAAUUUUUGUCAUUCAAAGUUGGCCCGUGGAGAAGGAAGGCUUGGUUUUCUUAGCGGCUCGAUUAUUGGUUGAGAACGUGUAAGAAUGCAGUGUAAUACUCGAGAGCGUAACAGCUGGCAAUCCCAUACGGAAUAUGAGUUUGAGAAGGAGCAGAAUUUAUCUCCGAAAACCAGCUAGUUGCGACAGGUGCUUACUUUGAUUCUGAUGUAUGGUUUUUCAUGUUCGUACGAACUAUCAAAUUCAUGAUAUGUCUGGUUGUAGAAACCUGUGAUUAUGUUGAAAUGCGGAUGAGUCAAACACUUAUACUUGCAGUUGUGCAUGGGCAUGACAAAUUAUAUACAAUGCUCUCACUCUCUGAAGCCAAAUGCGCAUGACAAAUUUCGUUUUUGAUGUGAUGCAGUCGGGUAUGCCUGACAAAUUUCGUUUUUGCAUGACAAAUGCAGCAACGCUUUUGCUGGUCAUGCAACACAGAUUCUAUCGGAAUGCAAGAGAAGUAGCUUAGAUUGUACUUGCCCAGACCCAGACAUGAUAUUCGCGCAGACAUCUUAGUCCGCGAAAGUUGUUGGGCUCGUGGGUUUCUAGAAGCAGCAUCCAUCCACCCCAUUUUGAGCACAUGUCAAGCAACUAGUCGCUUUGUUUGCAUAUUCUCUCUUGGCCAUCAAGGUGGCGAAGCAGUACUCUCAACCCGAUAUCGGCGACCAAGCUGGAACCGCGGGACCCCAGAAGCAGCUGUCGGCGGCUGAGAUGCAGAUUUUACUGCAGAACGCGUCCAAGAACGACUUCGACAAGGAACUGA